AUGAACAGCUUCACACGAGCGGCGGCUUUGUUUGCCGCCUCUCUGGGCCUUGCCAGCGCGGCCACUGUCAACUAUGACUUCAACAUUACUUGGGUCACUGCCAAUCCAGACGGAGCGUUCCCACGUCCCGUCAUUGGCAUCAAUAACCAAUGGCCCAUUCCUCGUAUCGAGGCAAAUGUCGGCGAUCGUAUCAUCAUCAACGUCAACAACCAGCUUGGUAAUCAGUCUACUUCCCUGCAUUUUCACGGCAUGUACCAAAAUGGAACAACGCACAUGGACGGCCCUGUGGGUGUGUCUCAAUGCCAGAUUCCUCCGGGAUAUUCUUUCCAAUACAACUUUACUAUCAACCAGCCGGGCACAUAUUGGUACCACUCUCAUCACAAUGCCCAGUAUCCUGACGGUCUCCGUGGUCCUCUCAUUGUUCACGAUCCUAAAUUCCCUUACCAAAAGGAAGUUGAUCAUGAACUUGUCCUGACUCUCUCAGACUGGUACCACGACCAGAUGGCCACUCUUCUCCCAACUUUCAUGUCAAAGAACAACCCAACGGGUGCUGAGCCGGUGCCCAAAGCCGUGCUCAUGAACGAAACCCAAAAUCUGACCAUUUCCGUUGAGCCCAAUAAGACUUACAUGUUCCGCGUCCUUAAUAUUGGUGCGUUUGCUGGACAAUACGUCUGGAUAGAAGGGCACACGAUGCGCAUUAUCGAAGUCGACGGCAUAUACACCGAGGCCGCCGAAGCUGAGAUGGUCUACAUCGCCGCUGCUCAACGAGUCAGCUUCCUCCUUACCACCAAGAACGACACUUCUGCCAACUUCCCCAUAAUUUCUAGCAUGGACACUACUCUGUUUGACACUUUGCCCGAGGAUCUCAACUACAACGCCACAGGAUGGCUGACGUACGACUCCAAAGCCGACUUCCCCGAAGCCGCGCUCAUUGAUGAACUCAACCCCUUUGAUGACAUGGACCUCGUACCAUAUGAUAGAAUGAAGCUGCUGCCUGAGCCGGACCAAGUCGUCCAGCUCGACAUCAUCAUGGACAACCUCCGCGAUGGAAAGAACUAUGCCUUCUUCGACAACAUCACCUACACUCAUCCCAAAGUGCCCACUCUCUACACAGCCCUCUCCACAGGCGACCUCGCAGACAACGUCGCCGUCUACGGAGAGUACACCCGCUCCUUUGUCCUCCAAAGGGGUGAAAUCGUCCAGAUUGUCGUCAACAACCUCGACUCUGGCCGCCAUCCCGUCCAUCUCCACGGCCACGCUUUCCAGGCCAUUCACCGCUCUGAGGAAGAAGCCGGCACUUUUGCCGAUGAGAAUCUCUCCGAGAGCGACUUCAUCAGCGUGCCUAUGCGGCGAGACACACUCGUCAUGUGGCCGAAUGGCAAUAUCGUCAUGCGCUUCAGGGCCGAUAAUCCCGGAGUUUGGCUUUUCCACUGCCAUCUUGAGUGGCACGUUGCCUCUGGCCUUCUCGCCACCUUUGUUGAAGCUCCGCUAGACAUCCAGAAGCAGUUGACCAUUCCCGACGACCAUCUGUCUGUUUGCGCUGCUUCCAAUACGCUCACAAAGGGCAAUGCUGCAGGCAACACUGCUGACUUCUUGGACCUCUCCGGCCAGAAUAAGCCUCCCGGCACAAUCCCCGGAGGUUUCACCCCCCGCGGCAUCGUCGCCCUCGUAUUCAGCUGCGUCACUGGCAUCCUCGGUGUCAUCGUCGUAGCCUGGUACGGCCUCUCCACACCAAUGGAGAUUGUACCCCUCGAAGUGUCUCACAUAAUUGAAAAGUCAGACGCUCCUCAAACAACCGGCGGUGUCACUGGCGGUGCAUUCAAAGACGAAGUGUCGUCGAGCCAUAACGCUGUUGACGGGGGUUCUUCUUCGAGAAGAUGA